AUGGCGUCGUCCUCCUCCGCGACGUCCGGCGGCGACCGGCCGCCGGCGCCGAGUGGUGGGAGCGGGACCCUUCCGCCGCCGCAGGCGCACGCUGAGUGGGCCGCCUCGAUGCAGGCGUACUACGCCGCCGCCGCCGGCCACCCGUACGCGGCGUGGCCGUCUACGCAGCAGCACGGCCUGGUGUCGGCGGGGCCGGGUGCGGCGUACGGCGCGCCGGUGCCGUUCCCCGUGUACCACCACCCGGCGGCGGCGGCGGCGUACUACGCGCACGCGUCCAUGGCCGCGGGAGUGCCUUACAUGGCCGGCGAGGCGGCCUCGGCGGCGACGAAAGGGAAGAGGAAGGCACGGCGUGUCCCUUCCGGCGAGGGCGCUUCCAGCUCCGGGAGUGGCGAUGCCGGGAGCCAGGGGUCAUCGGAGAAGGGGAAUGCUGGUGCUCAUCAGAAUGGCUCAUCAUCCACAAAGAGGAUAAAGUCAGCAGAUAAAGAAGGCGAGCCAUCUCAGGCUGCCCCGAUGCAGAACCCGGUAACCGAGCCGCCUUCAGUGGAAAAGGGAAGGUCUGCGGCAAAGCUUUCGGUUUCGGCACCUGGCAGGGCGACACUCCCAAAUGCAGCACCAACCUUGAAUAUUGGGAUGGAUCACUGGAGCCCUUCUCCAUCUGUAGUGACGCCCUCGGGCCAGGGGGAGGUGAAUGCGGCUUCUUCCCAGAGUAACGGCUCUUUGUCUCUGAUGGACGAACGCGAAUUGAAGAGGGAGAGAAGGAAACAAUCCAAUAGAGACUCUGCCAGGAGAUCAAGAUUACGCAAACAGCAAGAAUGUGAAGAGCUGGCCCAGAAGGUAAAUGACUUGACUGCGUGCAAUGGCACACUCAGAUCUGAACUUGACCAGCUUAAGAAGGACUGCAAAUCCAUGGAGGCAGAAAACACACGACUAAUGGACGAAAUGCUGAGGCGUGAUGAUAAACUGCUGCAGUCAGAGGGCCAUAGUGUUGUAACUACUUUGAGCAUCCAGGUUGAAGCGUCAAAGGCACAUCAUGGUGGGAAUGUUGAACUUCAGAAGAACAACACUACUAAUAGUGACAGCAAGGGGUAGUGGUUGGAAUUUCGAUCAGAAGCUCAGAAAUUGCUUAUUUUGGAGCUCCAUCAGCAUACCUGGUUCUAAUCUUAGUUAUGGAUAGUAGGUUUGUAAAACAAGGUGUAGAUAAAUAUUACCUCCGUUCCAAAAUAUAAACCUUUUUAGAGGCUUAUAUUUCAGAACGGAGGUAGAUGUAUAAGAACUUUUUUUUAACAGUGUAAGAACUAUUUGGAUGACAGAUUAU